UGGCUAUAGUAACGGCAACGUGCACAAUCUGGCAAUAGCGAGAACGUUGUGCCAUAAAAAUUCUUGUUAACCUACAAAUAAAUUUCAAACAAAAUGUUAAUAUACUUUAAAAAUUCCAUUCGUAUUACCACUAAAAAUAUUUGUAAUAGCAUUUCUGUACGGCUAUGUAGUAAUUUACCAAAAAGUAAGUCCUGCAGUCAACUUUCCGUUAAGGCGUAUGGUCAACCGACCGCCACAACACAUCCUCAUUUAAUAAAAGAUGGAGAAAUCACCCCAUUUAUUCAACGCUCCGAAUUUCAAGAGCGUCGUCAAAGACUGGUGGAAUCAAUUGUAGCUCAUUCGUUAAACUGUGAUAAAAAUAGUAAAACGCACCUUAUUGUUAUACCGUCUGCGUCAAAACAAUUCAUGUCCGAUAAAAUACCUUACGUUUUUCGGCAAAAUAGCGAUUUUUUAUACUUAAGCGGCUGUUUAGAACCUGACAGCUGUUUGGUGCUAGCGACGUCCAACUCGUUAAAUAAUCAUCACGCCGUCAUGUUCAUGCGUGAAAAAGACAGCCAUUCUGAACUUUGGGAUGGUCCGCGUACGAGCUGUGAGGACUGCAUCAACUUAUUCGGCGUAGAACAAGCAUUGCCAAUUACAGAAUUAGGCAAAUAUUUAGAAUGUUACAUGAAAUCGAAUGGACGAGCGAUGUUAUGGUAUGAUUUUUUGGCACCAAUUCAAAAAACUGUAGACAGUGUAAUGAAAGAAUUUCUUGAUGAAAAAUUUAACAAAAUGUGGGAAUCACCGAUAAUGUUUGUACAUAGAUUACGUUUAAUUAAAUCGCACGCCGAAAUACAACUAAUGCAAAAGUCCUGUGAUAUUGCGGCAGAAUCCAUAGCAAAUACGAUUUCCUUCUCGAGACCAGGUGUGACGGAGCACCAAAUAUUCGCUCAUGUUGAUUACGAAUGUAAAAUGAAAGGCGCCGAAUACCUCGCUUAUCCCCCAGUUGUCGCUGGAGGUAAUCGUGCUAAUAUCAUUCACUAUAUCAACAACAAUCAGGUUGUUGCAAAUAAUGAGAUGGUGCUUAUGGAUGCAGGUUGCGAAUACCACGGUUACAGCAGUGAUAUAACGAGAACAUGGCCAGUUAACGGGAAAUUCACACCGGAACAGGCUGUUGUUUACGAAAUACUUUUAGACAUACAAAAAAGAUUAAUCGAACUGUGCUACACUUUUCCUAGCUUGGAUAACUUAUUUGAUGCGAUGUGUUCAAUGCUGGGAAAACAUUUGGAGGAAAGUGGUUUGAUACGUAGGAGUUUUACUGAGAAUCCUGUUAGGGUAGCUUAUAAGUUUUGUCCACACCACGUUUCACAUUAUUUGGGAAUGGACGUACAUGACACACCCUCAGUUCCUCGGAAUAUACGAGUUCAACCUGGAAUGAUCAUCACUAUGGAACCGGGUAUGUACAUACACAGUGGACUGAAAGUGCCAAAGGAAUAUCAAGGUAUGGGGAUUAGAAUUGAAGAUGACGUUCUUAUAACAAAUGACGGUCCUGUCGUUUUAACAAAAAAGUGCCCAAAUAAAUUAGAGGAUAUCGAAAAAAUUGCGAGUGAAAACCAAAGAGCUUGAAAAUAUUUUAGUAAAAUGAAUACAAUUUU